GGCUCUGUGCCGGCAGCGUUGUGGCAGCAGAGGGAAAGGGAGCCCAUCGAAGGAGGGAAGAGGAGACAAAGAGGGAAAGGGGACAGGCAGGGAAACAACAUGGAAAAAAAGAACAUGGAUCCCAACAGGAGUUUGUUAAGUCUGAAACAAUCAAACAGCAGCCCAAGAACAAUCAGAGAAAGCACAAAGGAUAAGCCAUUCAGAGUGUGACUGAGGAAGAAUGUUGUCAGGGCUGGUUCUAAAACACAAUGUUGCUGAGGCAGCAGACUGACUUGAGUUACAACUGGGCUGUGGAUUGUGCAAAGCUGUCCAUCACUGCUGCACUAAGGAGGGAAAGACAAACGAGUGUCAGAUUUCACCCAGUGAAAGAAGAUGAUGAUGAGGAUGCUGAUGAUGAUGUUAGUAGCCCCCCUCAUGUGGAAGAUAACAGAGAGCAUAUUGUCGUCACCAAGGUCAGCUUGAUGUUCAAUCCUGUGCCUGGCAUUGGAAAACGUGACUCCAGCUCUUCCCUACUCGAACCAGCAAAGGAACGGAAAUCUUUUCCUCAGCAAAACCCUGAACUAAUGGAAGACCCACGCACCCUUCUCCUGUUGCUGCAUCAGAGGGAUCUGGAAAUCAAGGGGUUGAAGCGUGCUGCUCAGAAAGAGCAAUUUAAUCAUCUUAGCCAGAUUUUGGAUGAGCUUCUGAGGUCAAAAGAGAAAGGUCCACCAAAGAAAAGCCCUAUUGAAAUUGCCCUUCAAAAAGAAGUCGACCAACUGAACAAUGAACUGAAAGUUGUCAAGUAUGACCACAAGAAGGAGAUGGAAGAUCUGGAAAAUCAACUCAUAAAAUCAAGACUGCAUGUUCUGCAUUUGGAGAGGGCACUGAGGAAUCUGUCAACCAAGUCAGAAUCCACAGUGGUACUGGGAGAAGGAUCAAAGAGUGAGGUAUUUGAGCUCUGGUCAGAGAAAGGAAGCAGGAUAACAUCAGAUACCAGCGAUCUAAGGCUUAGGAGAAUACCAAAGCACACCAGUUUUGUUGAUGCCUAUCAUAAGUUUGGAAAUGUCGAUCUGUCAGAUGAGGACAAAAAGGAAAUCAUCACUAGAUUAGAGGCAUUUGCUCAAAAAGCACAGGCUAGUAGCACCACAGAUGAAAGUUCAGUAAUAAGCUCGAGAUUUGAGAGUCUAUUGCCCUCUGAACAAUCCUCAAUGGCUAACAUCAGCUCUCAGAAAUCAGAUCCCACUUCCUCUGUAACUGAAACCAAAACGACAGAGUCUUCUUUGGCUCUGCCAUCGGAAACAGAGAACACCCAACAAGAAAAAGCUUUGGAUGAAUGGAAACUUGCUCAGGCUGGUAUUACUAUUGGACAACUGACAGAUGGAGAAAAAAUUGUAGCUUCCACAGAAAGAAGCAAAAGUUCUUCUAUAAAAGGAGGUCCUGUAAAGAUUUUCAGUGUCCACCGUAGAGGCAAAUUUGUCAGAAUCUUCAACUCCUCAUUGAACAAGGAGAUAGACCUCAGUGGCUACCAUGUGCAACAAUGGGUUGGAGGGCACCCGGUUUCCAUCUACCGUUUCCCAAGUGGAACGAUUCUGCCUGCGCAGUACCAUAUUACUAUUUGGUCUGCUGCAGCCAGCCUUGCUCAUCAGCAGCCUUUGGCUGAGUUGUCUGGACCACGCUUUUUCAGGGCAGGUCCUGGGUGCCUUACCAUCCUCUAUGACCACAGUGGUCAGGUGAUAUCGCAAUAUGCAAACUCUCAUCAGUUCACAACUACGGCAGAGGCCUACUAUGAUAACCUGGACCUUUCACUGGACAAAUUUCCACUUGACAGUGAUGAUGAUGAAUAUGAGGGUACUGCAUACAAUGAGCUCACCAUGCCUUCAAGAGACCUCCUCUUCUUUCAGCAAGACCAGUGCAAGCAUGCAGAAUCAGACAUUUUGGUCAAGAGAAGGUACACAAGACACUUUUCUAUUGAUUCUUCAGCAACUAGCAAAACUCUAGCUGCUCGUUCCAUAGCGACCAAAGCAAAACUCAGAGAAUUAAAUAAAGAUGCUUCUGCCUCCUUUGUGUUUUCCCCAAAACCCCCAUCAACCUCAGUCAGUGACAGCUCUUCUUCAUCCAGCGAGGGAGAUUAUUAUGCUUUUCGCUCAUGGAAACCUCUACUUCAGGAACCAGAAACGAGAGAGUUCAAGACUACAUUGGAUACUACACUUCCCAUGGUUUCUCUUAUAGGACAGAAAAGCGCUCGCUCAAGAUAUGGUUUCAAGUACAUGACCUAUAUGCCUACCAUUACUGAUUUGCACCUAAGGAGGUAUUAUAAAUAACAUUUUGACUUAGCAGCAAAAGAGGCUUGCCUCAUUUCUUUAAAUACACAAUGCAUUCCCACAAUUCAUCUGGCAAGAAACUGUACUUGAAUGCCUUGCAAAUCCAAUUCAAAUAUGACUCUUGAGAUCAAGUGAAUGGUUUUGGAAGGUGGAAGGACCAUCACAUUUGGAGUGCCUUCAGUGGAUUCUAGAGACAGAGAAAAAUGGAGCAUGCUGACAUCAUGUGAACAUGUUUCCAGAUGAAGUGUUGAAUGUUUAGUUGUUAACCCAAAGAUGCUAUAGAAUUUUGGACAAGGCAAAUGGUUUGGCUUGAACUAGGCAUCCAUUAUGCAUACAAUUUCCCCAGUGGUUCAGAAAGAAAGAAGUGCGGCUCUGGUUCUGCCUUUUUCUCUUAGGCCUUACUCAUCAGCCUCUCUCCUACAGCAUUUUCUCCCCAACUUGGCUCACUUUCUACAUCAGAGAAAUUGAAAAAAAAGCUUGAAACUCCCACUUACUUGCUGGAUGGGCAACUAUAGAUGUCAUUUUGUUUCUUUCCUUUCACAUUCCUCACCCUUCUGGGAAGGAGGUGCUCUAGUACUUCUGACAUGAGCAGAAGCGAUGUAACUUCCAAUUUUAUUUUUCAUUUUUUAUUGGAGGAUUGGAGAUGUGUGCAUUGUUGGGCAAAAUUUACACAUUUGCUGGUGGUUUCUAGCUGGUUUUGGCCACUUUGAGUCACCCCCACCCCAGGCAAAAUAUAUUUAAAAUGUAGAAGUCUGGGGAUUUGGAGGCUAUAAAAUGCGCCCCCAUGGGCCCCAUGUAGGUUGUGAAUUGCACUUUCUUGUUGUGAAGUAAGCUAAAGGGAAGGGAGGCAUAAGGACCCUUUCUCAUAGAUUUUUUUUAGUUGGUUUGUUAUGCACUUAAAAUGGGAUUGCCUAGCUAUUCCUCUGUGAAUGGGACACAUUCCAUAUUUAAAUAAAAAGACUUGGGUAGAGAUGUAGAGAAUACUCACUUGAUAGAAUAUUACGCCCAAGUGAAAUCUCAUUUAUUUCCCUGAGUGCAUUUUAGUAUGGCUUAUACAAUCUGCCCAACACCUACUGCCACACACGUUUACCGAGAGAUGCUGUGUGAACAUAUUAGGCUGAGCUUCCUCCAAUAUCAUCAUUCAGACAGAGGUAGCAUUGUAAUCCUAAUUGCAAACUGAGAGAUUGAAAGAAAACAAGCUUAAUUAGUUUUUAAGGCUAAUUUUCCUACUGUCCCUGUAAAGUACCAUUCUAUAUAUUGUGAUACUACUCCUUUAUAAGCCUAUGCUCCUUCCACUCUAGAUAGUUCUUUUCCUUGUUACACUAAAAAUGCCCUGCACGUUCUUGGUUAGAAAGGACCAAUAGCAUUUCAUGUUCUUUGAAUGAUUUGUCUUCAACAAAAAGUACAAGCUACAUGUUUUGAAUUAUC